CCGGGCCGGGCCGGGCCGGAGCCGGAGCCGGAGCCGGCCUGUGUGGGGCCGAGCCGCGCCGCGCCGCGCUCCGCCGGGCUUUGUCUGGGCCCGCAGCGGGCGGCGGAGCUCGGGGAGGCGGCGGGGACCCCGCGGGCGAGCCCGGAGGGGCGGCGGGCCGCGGGCGGCCCUCGGGGUGGAUCCGCGCUUAAGGUGGCUCCGCGCUUAAGGUGGCAGCGGCGUUGAGGCGGAGCGCGGCUUAAGGGGGACUCGCAGCCAAGCCGCGCCUGCCGGGCGGGCCGGGCCGGGGCUCGGCACGGGGAGAGGCGCCCGAAGCGGCCGCCCCGGGGAGCGGCGCCCGGUCCGUGCCGAGCGGGGCGCGGGGAGGGCCCGCCGCUGAGGAGCCGGCUCCUUCGCUGCCGCCGAGGAUGAGCGGAGCCCGGCCCUGCUGCAGGAAGAGGCAGCCCAUGGACGGAGGCGAGGGGGGGCGGAGGAGCCAGACGCCGAGCUGCCGAGGGGCUGACAGCACCGGGGCUGCCCCGCGCCGGCCGGCACCCAGCUCCUGACCGCCCUCGGCAGCGGGGCAGGCCCGGGGACACCCGGCCUGUGCCAGGGAGCUCCCGCAUCGCCGCCACCGCCGCUUCCCAGCCGCGAAGUUCGCCCCGGCAUGCGCCAUGGAGACGGUGGGAAAGUUUGAGUUCAGCAGGAAGGACCUGAUCGGGCACGGAGCCUUCGCCGUCGUCUUCAAAGGCAGGCACAAAGAGAAACCUGAGCUGGAAGUAGCUGUGAAAUGCAUUAACAAGAAGAAUCUUGCAAAAUCACAGACACUCCUGGGCAAGGAAAUUAAAAUCCUGAAGGAAUUGAAACAUGAAAACAUCGUUGCCUUGUAUGACUUCCAGGAGAUGGCAAAUUCUGUCUACUUGGUUAUGGAGUACUGCAAUGGUGGUGACCUGGCAGACUACCUUCACACUAUGCGGACGCUUAGUGAAGACACCAUCAGGCUCUUUCUUCAGCAGAUAGCAGGUGCCAUGAAAAUGCUGCACAGCAAAGGCAUCAUCCAUCGGGAUCUGAAACCACAGAAUAUUCUCCUUUCCUACGCUGGAGGCAGGAAAUCAAAUCCCAACAACAUACGCAUAAAGAUUGCUGACUUUGGAUUUGCCCGAUACCUGCAGAAUAAUAUGAUGGCAGCGACUUUAUGUGGUUCACCAAUGUACAUGGCACCUGAAGUCAUCAUGUCUCAACACUACGAUGCCAAAGCUGACCUGUGGAGUAUUGGAACCAUCAUUUAUCAGUGUCUGACCGGAAAGGCUCCUUUUCAGGCCAGCAGCCCACAGGAUCUUCGUCUCUUCUAUGAGAAAAACAAGAUGCUGAUGCCGAACAUCCCCAGGGAGACAUCAAGCCACCUGAGGCAGCUGCUGCUGGGCCUUCUGCAGCGCAAUCAUAAGGACCGCAUGGACUUCGAUGAGUUUUUCCAUCACCCGUUCUUGGAUGCAAGUGCCUCAAUGAAGAAAUCUGCUUCUGUGCCAAUGCCUUCUUAUCCCAGUUCAGGCUCCGGUAGUUCCUCCAGCAGCUCUUCUACUUCCCACCUGGCAUCACCUCCUCAGUCCCUUGGAGAGAUGCAGCAGCAGCUGCAAGAGAAGACGCUGGCAUCUCCUACCCAGGAUUCCCCCGGUUUUCUGCAUGGAUCGAAGGACUCUGCUGGAAGCAGCAGUAAGAAUUCAUCCUGUGACACAGAUGACUUCGUUAUGGUCCCAGCACAGUUCUCAAGUGAUAUGACUGCUGAGGCUGCAGGAGGGAAACCAAUCCAAGACAGCCUGAUGUACAGUGGGAGUUCUCUGCUGACUUCAGCAGGCUUGGAAAGCCAGGGAAGGACACCAUCUCCUUCUCCCCCUUACAGCAGUUCUCCUAGCCCCUCCAGCCGGCCGGGGCAGUUUUCCAGCAGCAAGUACGGACACUCCGUGCCCAUUCCGGUCCCGACACAGAUCCAUAACUACCGGCGGAUCGAGCAGAACCUGCAGUCUCCCCACCAAUACGCCUCUCCUCGGUCUGGUACGGUCCGGAGAUCCAGCAGUACAAGUCCUCUUGGUUUUCCUAAAACUGGUGCUUCCCCUCCUUAUCCUGGAGAGCAUGGAUCUGUGCCCAGCUCUAGAAAGCUCUCCUUCGGCGGUGCCAAGCCAUUUAUGCCAUCACCGCAAGUUGGAACGAUCCCAGAGCAGCCCAGCCAGACUGUUAUCCCCUCUUCUGUUGGAGCAGAAGUGAGAAGCCGGAUUACCAUGGCUGGUGCCUCAGCGCCCGAACACUCUCCUCGAGGGAUGGGCUCCCGGCUCCACAGUGCUCCCAACCUGUCAGAUUUGCAUUCCUGCAGGCAGAAGAUAACCAAGCAGCACUCUGAUCCUCUAGUUGCUCACUUUGGCCAUACCCCAGUCAGCCAGCCUCUGCAGAUUCAUGGCCUGCAGCACUGCCGGCAGCUCAGAUCCUCACCAAAGCUGUCUGAGUUCAUGCAGAGAAGCCCAUUGCCAACUAUCAUGGGCUCCCCUACAAAGGCUGUGUCCCCUUUUGAGUUUCCCAAAACUCCAAGUUCCCAGAACCUUCUCACCCUCUUGGCCCAUCAGGGGGUCAUGAUGACUCCAACACGGAACAAGACCCUACCAGAUCUGAAGGAGAUCGGUCAUUUCCACUGCCAGCAGACUGGCUUUGGAUUGAGGCCUGUGGAAGAGAUCAAGGGCAGGUCUCUGAGCACAGGCAGGCUCACUGACCUGCUUCUCAAGGCAGCCUUUGGGGCGCAGAUCUCCGAAGCCGGCAGCAAUGACAGCCUGAACAAUGAGAAGCCAAUGGAAAUUGCAGCUCCCUCAGGUGCUUACGGAGGGACCCUGCACUCUGGUGCCCGGGCUGGGGGCUCUGCCAGCCCAUCCCCAGUGAUUUUUACUGUCGGAUCCCCUCCCAGUGGAACAACCCCCCCACAGACCACGAGGACCAGGAUGUUUUCAGUGGGGUCUUCCAGCUCUCUCAGUUCUGGAGGCUCAUUCACCGGCAGGCACUUGGCAGUGGGAACUGGUGGGGAUGCUGUGGAAGGCCCUUCGAGUCUCCGCUUCGCUUUUGCUGAUCCAAUCACUGCUAACCUGGAAAGUGCUGUUACAUUCGAGGCUCCAGAGCUGCCUGAAGAGACCCUCAUGGAGCAAGAGCACACCGACAUCCUGCGCAGCCUCCGCUUCACGCUGGCCUUUGUCCACUACGUGAUGGAGAUCGCUGCCCUGAAAGGCAACUCCAGCGAGAUGAGCGCUUCGGCGGCGUCUGAAUACCAGCUGCAGGAGAGCGUGGUGGCUGACCAGAUCAGCCUUCUCAGCCGGGAGUGGAGCUAUGCAGAGCAGCUGGUGCUGUACCUGAAAGUCGCAGAGCUGCUGUCGUCGGGCCUGCAGACAGCCAUAGAGCAGAUCAAAGCUGGCAAGCUGUGCCUGUCCUCCACUGUCAAGCAAGUUGUGAAGAAGCUGAAUGAACUUUAUAAAUCCAGUGUAUCGUCCUGCCACUGCCUCAACAUGAGACUGCAGAGAUUCUUCUUAGACAAACAGAAACUCAUGGAUCGGAUCAACAGCAUCACAGCAGAGAAGCUCAUCUUCAGCUACGCCGUGCAAAUGGUGCAGUCUGCAGCCCUGGAUGAGAUGUUCCACCACAGAGAGGACUGCGCACAGAGGUACCACAAGGCUCUGCUGCUGAUGGAAGGGCUCCUGAACAUCAUCACUGAACAGGGUGACAUAGAAAACAUCAAUAAAUGUAAACUCUGCAUCGAGCGCAGGCUGUCAGCCCUGCUGUCGGGGUUCUGCGCCUGAUUUCAGUUGUGUUCUUCUCCACACACCUCAUCCCAGCUGAUCACUUUUGUUUCUGACAGCCUGCUGCUGUGGCAGGAAUCAAUUUUGGCAGUAGGAUACCUGGAGGAUGAACUGCUCAAUGUUCUGUAUUUUGCUGUUUUGGGAAGUUGUUCCACAGACUUAAGUUCUUCUGUGGGGAGGUGUGACUGCAGCAAGCACAAAUACUUCCCUGCCCAGAGGUUGGGCGAAGACGUAGCUGAUGUGGAAAGGUUUCCCUCCUUGGCAGCAGGGAUGAAGGAUAGAAGUCUGCUUCUUCCCAGCACUUUGAAGGAUAAAGACUGCUGCCUGUCCUCUUGCUUCAGAACAGGGUAUUCCGUGCUGUCUCCAUUGCAGGCAAUGGAUGUGCUGAAACUGCUGGCUUCAGUUCAUGCUGGAGGAUGUCAUUCAGAAAUCAAGGCCAGUUUGUGUACUUUCCCCUACCCCAGCUGAUAGCCAGGCACCUUCGAGCUUCCUGGCAACCCGAGGCUCCCUGCCUUUUUCUCCUUUGUCCUUUCUCAUACUCAUUUCUGCCUUGGAGUGCUUGCUGAAUGGCCGAGAGGAGGGAAUCUGCUCUACUUUGCCUGAGCCUUGCUGAAGUUGCUGCCACCUUCUACAGACUCACUGAGCAAGGCUGAGAGCGUGCUGCUGCUGGGGAAGUCUGCACCUCCCGUGGCUGUCACGCGGACUGCCUCUGUUUGCAGACGGGCACAUGGCACGGGGAAGGAGCCUCUGCCUGGAGAACAGGAAGAUGACGGAAAACGCAAUGUUCCUGUAUGUCUAAGCCAAAACGAAUCCGUUCCUCUCUUGGUCCCUGUGCUCCCUGGGAUCAGCAUUAAAGACUCCUGGCUGUUCGGUUCAGCCUGUCAGUACAUAUCUACCACGAGGAAGCACUAGCGCUGUCCUGCUUUCAGCUGUUGGCUAGAUCAGCCCUUUCCCGUAUCCCUCACCCUCCCCUGAAACUGAAAACACUAGCUUUGUGAAUCAAAGGAGCACUUUACACACUAUGGGAACUUUGAGAAGUUGACUUUGCAUCACACAACAACCCAGGAACAUCACGACUGUUAGGAAUGCUGUUCUUUUUAUUCCUUCCCUUGUUUCCUGGUUGUUUUAUUGCACUACGUGUGUGCAUAUAUUAAUAUGUAUUCCUAAGGGUGAAUAUAUAUUGAUAUAUCUGGUUUGUGUGUAACUGUACGUAUUUAACUGUACUGUAUCUUGUGAGUGUGAGGCAAAAAGCACUGCGGAGUCUGUGCUCUUCCUCCUCCACACCAGGCAAAGCUGACUUGCAGUCUGGCAGUACCAAGAUAGUUUUCUUUUCUUCUUUUUUUUUAUUUAAAUGUUCUUUAAAGGACAGUCAAUAUACAGCUCCAUGCUUUUUAAGAGCUCAAGAACAGGCGUUAAGAUCCUACACACUUACAAUUGGAAAUGCAUUUUUAAAAAAAAGUUUUAUUUGCUGCUUACAUUUUUUAUAAAGAAAUCUUGUAGUGUUCGGUUUUAUGUUCAGCAUUUCUUUUAAGGAGACUCUGUAGCCAAAUGAGACUGCGGGUGCGAGUGGCUCGAGUUCUGGUUGAGGCUUCGGAUGCUGUGAGCAUGUGCGUGAGAGGAUAGCUGGCUGCCUUUCUGUCUGUCUGCGUGCGCAAGUGUGUGUCUUAAUUUAUCAGAGUCAUGGCAGUAUUUCGUUAGUGCUGGGCAGAAAAGUAUCUUUGAAAGCAACUUGAAACCUCAGGCUUUGUUUUUGGGGAUUUAAUAAUAAUUUGCACAUGGUGGUUAAAUCCUCACUGCUUUUUCUCUCAAUAUUGGCACGUUCAGUGUGAUACUUUACAAGGGUUUCAGGAGCAACUUAGUUGGCUUGAGCUGGCAUCGUCUUUGGCAACAUGGAUACUUCUGAUAGCAGAGCAGAAAUGCCAAUAAGGAAAUUAAAAAAAAAUUUUGAUUCCCCCUACUAGGGAAGUUUUAAGCGUAGCUUACACAAAUGCUUCAGUAUUGGGCCUCUGUUACAUCGUACAUUCACAGCCUGCUGCUUCUGUGGCUGUUUAUGCUUGUGCCUGGAGGAAAAAAAGAAAAUAACAGCAAAGAAACAACCCCCCAGCCUGUGGCAAGAAAUGCUGAAGAGACCCAGACUGCUUCUGAAAGGAUUUUACCAGUUCUGCAAAGGGUAUGCCGCAGGUGAGUGCACUGGGAUGCAGCACAAAAGCACUGAGCCAGGACUGACUCUGCAAUACAGACACCUGCUACUGCCCUGAACCCUCCCGGCAAUCCCACGAGCGUACGCUGAAAGCUUCCUGCCCAGGAGAAGCGCAGCCCAGGACCCACGUUUGUGCCGCAGGUUUAACGAUCCUUGUACGUGGCAAGCUCAGCACUAACCUUCCAGCUGUACUUAAUUACUUGAAUGUAUCAAAAUUGUCCACAUUCAAUGUACACAAGUAUAUAUUGCUCCAAAAUAUUGUGGUUUACAGACCUACAACCAAUAUAUAUAUGUAUGUGUUUGUAUAUAUACAUACAAGUAUGUGUGUGUAUGUGUGUGUAUGUAUAUAUAUGCACACAAACACAAACGUGUAUAUAUGUUUUCUCUCGAUACUUGAAACUUAGCCACUGUGCUUGAAUUAAAAAAAAUAAAAUAAAAAGAAAACAAAAAAAAAAAGAAAAAGGAGAAAGAAAAAAAAUCAGGUGAUUUAUUUUGCCAUCACUUUGGUGACUUUAUUUUUUAUCUAAUUGCAUGUAGCGUGAAACCAAUUUUUUGGUGAAAAAUAUUUAUUGCUUUGUAGACAAUAAGGAAUGCAAAAUAAAAAAAAAAAAAGGCAACAAAAAAAGAAAACAAUACACAAAAAAUCCCCAACCAUUGUUGAAGUUGCUAGCAUAGUCCACUUGCUAUUGUCAUGGCUUUGUUACUGUUGCAGCGUUUGUGUGUAGCGUCUUAAUAGAUUUCAAGAAACCUCAGUCUAAUAACAUGUAUCUUCAGGUUUGUGAGAGCGUAUGAUGAUGUUCUUUAUAAGGUAAUGCUUGAUACUUUGUCAACAUUUUUUAUUUGUGUUUUGUGUGACUUUUUUUUGGCUUUAAAUUGUACAACACCAAUUUAAGAAAUAAAAAAUGUUUUGAAAUUG